AUGACGAUGGCUCUUGAUACGCGCGUGCAGGUGUUACUACCUUUGGGCUUGAUCAUCCGACUCUCAGUCGAUGACAUCGACUUCAACGGCACCCUUCCGUACGACGACAAGACGUGGCGAUGGGACUUUGGUUUGCGACCGUUCGGAUGUCUUCAAGCUCUCCGGCAACUCCUUGUUUCAUCGUCGUUCUGUGGUAUAGAAGCCGUGGCAAUUUGGGCAGACCUAUCGACAGGAACCGCGGCGGAGAUCAAUCUCUGCCGCUGGCAUUCGAAAAAUUUUAAAGUCAGCUUUCAGCCGCUCUCUCACGACGAACAGUUGGUGGCUGGUGUCGCCUGCGCCUUCAUGCCAGAGUUUGUCAGCUUCACCAUCACACGCGUCAUCCUCGGCUCGUGCACCUCCGGUACCUUCAUGACAGUCUUCGUCAUGACAAAUGAGAUGGUAGGCGAGCCAUGGAGAGUGACAGGUGGUUUAGGUUUCCAGUACGCGUUCACGGUAGGAUACUGCCUCGUCGGUGUCUUUGCCAUUUUCGUCCGUGAUUGGUUCUGGUUGCAACUGGCUGUCACUGCUCCCGGUCUGCUGAUGCUGCCAUACUGGUGGUGUACGUCAGAAUCGGUGCGAUGGCUAUUGGCCAACGACAAAGACAACGAGGCCAGUGACCUCAUCAGGAAGGCGGCAAAGGUCAACAAGGUCAUAGUUCCCGACUACGUCUUCAAGCAGAAGGCGGUAAGAAAUGAGGAGGAGGUGGCAACAGCCAAUCACGUGCAUGCCAAGAUGAUAGACUUGUUUCGCAACUGGACGACGUGCAAAAUUACACUAAAUCUGUUCUUCAUAUGGUAA